AUGAGUGCCCCCACCCGCGCAAUUUUCACCGACCAAGACGGCAAGCCGUAUAUCGGCACAGUCGACGAAAUCUACGAGCCCCUCUCAACCGGGGUCCUCGUUGAGGUUCAAUUUUCCGGAGUCAACCCAGCCGACCUUGCUCACCCGAAGCUCGGUUUUAACAAUUGUGUCGCCGGUUAUGAUUUCUCGGGGAUCGUGAUCGAAGCAGGAGCCAGUAGAAGCGAUAAAUUUAAACACGGCGACCGUGUUCUUGGAUUCGCUGCCCCGGCAUAUGACAAGCCAAACCAGUAUGGCGCACACCAGGACUUUCACUGCGCCAGACAUUUCGUUUAUCAUGUUCCUCCUUCCAUGCCGAUGGAAGAUGCUGCUUGCCUUAUGGUUGUGACUCACACCGCUGCCGAUGCCCUCUUCAACCAGCUCCAUCUAUCGUUCGAAAAUGAGGCUGAACCACUUUUAGUUUGGGGUGGUUCGAGUGCUGUUGGGAGUGCUUGUAUACAACUGGCUAAAAAAGCUGGAUGCUACCCCAUCCUUACCACCGCCUCCCCGAAGAACCACGCUAAGAUCCUGGAGAUCGGCGCAACGGAGUGUUUUGACUAUAAUGAUAAGGAUGUUGUGCAGAAGAUCCGCUCCGCUCUAUCAAAGUAUACUACAAAGCCACUCAGACGUGUGAUUGAUUCCAUUGUAUUCCGCGGAGAGCCUUCGUCAACCGGCCUCUGUGAGGCUUGUGUGGAUGAUUUGAGCGAUCUUUUGUUUACCUCUCCAAUCCCCGCUACGAGCGAUGCGAAGCACCAUUGGAGUGGCACAUUUGCCUGCAGGAAUGUUGAUGUAGACUUCAAAAUCCCUAAUGGACCUGUUCUUAAGUUCCCAGCCGAUCAGGGUAUGCAAGAUAAAAUCGACGAAGCUACUGACUGGGCUAUUUCAAGUUACGGGAAUGGAUACUGCAUGCCCAAUGUUGUGGUGGUCAAGGGAGGGGAGGAAGGAAUCCGUGCCAUGAUCGACUCUGUGUCUGGCAAGGCUAGCAUGCAAAAGUUUGUUGUUAAACAUCCCAUUUGA